GGGAAAAGACGUCAUAGCUAGAAGAUACGAAAGCCGAUCUUGCCAUCGACCCAGAGAUCUUGCAGUUGAAUUUGUUUGGACACGAGUCAUCUGAUGGCUGUAAGAAGGCAGCUCGAAACUGCCUUGGCAGAGGUAGAGCAUGCAGGAAAACGUGGGUUUUUUGAGCCUGCCAGGCGUUACUUGCAACUGGUGCGUGAGUUGAAAGUGCGGGACUCGGAGAAUGUCACGUUGCUGGGCUCACAGCUGCUCAGACAGCACAGGCAUCGUCUACGAGAAGAAGAAUUGUGGCUUAUAACAGAACAGGUCGCCGUUGCCGCCAUGGAUACCAAGGCAGUGGAGCUUGCUGUUGAGCUAGUGGGAGACAUCAAGAGGCAGUUUCCCAGGAGCCAGCGCGCCAUCAGACUCACAGAGAUGUACUUUGAGGCAAGGGGCCUUUAUGAUGAGGCUGAGAAGGUGAUCACAGAGCAGCUUGAGGAUGCGCCCGAGUCACAGAUGCUGUUGAAGCGCCAAGUGGCCUUGGAGAAGAGCAAGGGCAACAUUGCUGGAGCCAUCGAGGCCCUGAGGAAAUAUGUGGACAUUUUCCAGACAGACAGGGAGGCCUGGGAAGAGCUGGGCGAGCUCUAUCUGCAGGUUCAGAUGUACCCACAAGCGGCCACAUGCUACGAAGAGGUGCUGCUGCAGAAUCCUACCUCCAUAGCAUCCCACGUCCAGUAUGCAGAUGUGCUGUACACCAUUGGAGGGCCCAGCAACUACAGAACUGCAAGGACGUACUACGCGGCAGCUGUCGACCUCAGCGGCGGUGAGAACGCGCGUGCCCUCUACGGCUUGUGUGCGGCCUCAGCGCAGCUCACUGCCUUGAAGGACGCAAACAAGGGGAAGGAUGCACCCAGCAGCAAGGACGUGGAGGAGCUUGCAGGACUUGCUGGAAAGACUCUGUUGCGGAAGUAUGAGGAUGAGGCUGGGGACAAGGUGCCUCUGGUGCUGGCCACCUUGAAAGCACAAGGUUUUUACGCAAGUGCGGCAUCAUGA